CGUGUUUCUGCCCCUCUCCCUUUAAGGCCCUCUUUGCCAGUCAAUCGGUGGUAGAAAUAUAUUAUAUGUUGUAGUCAUUCAUGACAGUUUACACAUUUACUCCUUGUAAUCGAUCGCCAUCACGACUGUCAACCCUAACCUUCAUCUCACUUUUUCCGAUUAGCCGUCUUAUUCGGCUGUCAUUCUUUUCGGUCGCUCGCGAAGGAUCGAAGAAAAGUUUGUCAAUUUCAUCAUCAUUUUCGACACGACCUUCACUUCGACUUUCAUCCUCCCCGCCUUUAUUACAACUCACUCAAAGUGAUCUUGCGCAUCGAAUACCGCUCUUCGUCUUGAAGAUCAAAUUCGACAUCUGUCGCAUCGACUUGAAUUCAUUGUCGAUCUAUUGAGCACACUUCAAAACCUAACACGCCAUCUUUACCAACAAUGCCACUCUCAUAUGUGUCAAGACGCGAUGAUGUCGCUAGCAGCUCAUCCUCGCCAUCAUCAACACAUUUCUUGGCAAAACGUGCAGUAGCAAAAAGCACAGUCGUGCAGCUGAAGAGAACUUUUCUUCAAGGCCAAUUGACAUACACCGCCCCAAUCACUGUAGAAGGCCAAACGCUAAACGUGCAAGUCGAUACAGGAUCUGCAGAUUUUUGGCUUGCAGCUGAUAAAUGUGGCACAGCAUCUUGUCAGAGCAAAGAGGGAUAUCAGAUCACUCUCUUUAGAGAUGACACAGGUCUGGAAACGGGUCAAUCAGUUCAGAUUUCUUACUUGAGAGGAAGUGCUUCCGGUCCAAUCGUUACAUCCAACGUCACUUUUGCCAAUGAUUUGAUUCCUAAUCAGGCAUUCUUGACUGCUGAUGAUGUUGAGGCUGAACAGUUGAACACAAUGCAGGCAUCAGGCGUGCUUGGUAUGGCAUUGCCUCUGGACUCACUCAUUCAGAGCACAUUAAGCACAUCACGAACAGGCAACAACGAUUCGAUCACACAACCUAGCCUUACAGGCUCUCUGUUACCGGGACUUUGGUACACUGCACCAAUGGGUCAGCGAUUUUUCGGCUUGGGACUUCAGAGGCUACCGUCCGAUGGAGGAAAUGGAAACUCAACAAUCACUUUCGGCGACUAUGAUCCAGAAUACUUGCCGACCAACCGACAGAGCCACGUCAGCUGGUCUUCCGUUCUGCCGGAUGAUGACGGUAAGGCAAGGACUUGGAAGUCGCAGGUGUCAGAUUUGAGCGUGAAGGUCAAUGGGUCUUAUAUAAGUAUACCACUCUCGCAUACUGGUAGUGUAGGACCGGCAACUGCUAUCCUAAGUUCGGGUGUGCCUUUUAAUUAUGCGCCAGCUUCUUUCCUCAACGCUCUUUAUGGUGCUUACAACGUUGGACCUUCUGCGGACGGACUUACAUAUUACUUGGAUUGUAGCCUGGAAAUCGAUAUGAACAUCACGGUCGGCAACGUGACAGUACCGGUCCAUCCUCUGGAUUCCUCUCUUAAGGUUAACAACAUGUUCGGUGGAAACAAUAAUGGAUGCAUGGGAUCUUUCCAAGCUUUUACUGAUGAUAUGGAUCCUAGCUUGUACAGUUCCAAUAUUGUGCUAGGCGCACCUUUCUUACGCAGCGUUUACAGCCUUUACAGUUGUGAUCCUAAUCCUAGCAAUAUGACCCAAACAGGAUGGUGCUCAAAUCCAUGGUUGGGCAUAUAUCCUUUAUAUACCAACUCAUCUGGAGGAUAUCAGACGGCACAAGCAGAUUUCCAAAAAGUUCGAUUGCAAGGACAACAGCUAGGAGAUAAUUCCCAAGUGGACGGUGCAACACAAAAAUCCAGUGGUUUCUCAUCUGCUGCAAAGAUUGCAGUUGGUGUUGUGUGUGGAUUUGUUGGUAUUUUAGCAGUCAUGGCAAUCCUUCUUUACUGGCUCAAGAGAAGGCGUGCGCGUGAUGAACCUGAAGUCUUUGAUACGGGAAGCGGAUCGCACGAAGACGAAAAGGAUCCUAUCAAUGGUUCUGUUGAUUGGAAGAAGUUGUCAGAGAACGAAAGACAAAAAGCACGUGAACUUGCAAUGUUACACGGUCACUUUGUCGACGAAACAGAUGGAAGGGCAUCACCUAUUCCACCUACAAAAGCACCAGAAGAUGAUUGGGAUAUUAGCUCAAAAGGUUAUUGGGAAGCAAGAGCGAUCAAGAAUGAUUAUCUCAAAAGGCAAAGAGAUAGCUCAGCAGCAGCAAAGAGUUUGUCUGUUUCCGGUACAACGUAUGAUGGAACAAGAGGUGAAAUACACGAGAUGAUGGAUCCUUCUUCUUCAAGGCCUGCCUCGCCACCUUUGACGCCUUACAGGGAUCAUCCCAAUACCCCACCACAAGAUUAUACAGAAUCGCAUGGUCAAGCACAUGCCUAUGCUCAGUGAUCUUAACGACCUUCUACUCAUUCUAUCUUGGUGCAUGCUUUUGCAAAAAAAUUUCUCAUCACGAUUUUCAACAGUUUAUUCUCUCUUUCACCUCAAUUAUUCAAUCUUUUUUACUGGUCUCAAUUGUAUCGAUACGAAUUUCUUUUUCUCUUCAUCAUCAUCAACUCAUGGACAUUCACAUCAAAAUUUUUCCGAUCGUAUUGGACGACAAACAAUUUGGCACGGUAAUAUCAUAUUUUACUCAAGAUUCUUUUUUUCUUCUUCCCGGCUACGAAUCAAAAAGAAAAAUAUUCUCU